UGCAGUCCGAACUGGAAGAACCAAAAGAAGUGAACUGAAAUAUUAUAAGAAGAAAAAACACAACUUAAUUCCUACCAGUCUUAUAGAGACUGAAGCAUGAAUGGCCUUGAGCUGUCUCAGAGCUGUGAAUUAUUACCCUGCUGCACCGAUGGGGGGUCAUUGCUGAGCACCAAGGCCCCUCAAGUCAGUGGGGUCAGAGUUCAGCUGGAGAUGCAGGCACUUUGGCAGCAGUUUGACCAGCUGGGCACGGAGAUGAUCGUUACUAAGUCUGGAAGGCGGAUGUUUCCAACAUUUCAGGUGAGAAUCUCUGGGAUGGAUCCUUCUGCUGAAUACGUUCUGCUAAUGGACUUCAUUCCCGUUGACGACAAGCGGUACAGAUAUGCAUUCCACAGCUCCUCCUGGUUGGUGGCAGGGCGGGCAGAUGUUGCAGCCCCAAGCAGGAUGCAUUUCCACCCAGACUCACCAGCUCCUGGAGCCCAGUGGAUGAAACAGAUUGUAUCAUUUGACACCCUCAAGCUCACCAACAACCUGCUGGAUGACAACGGACAUAUGAUACUGAACUCAAUGCAUCGCUAUCAGCCGCGCUUCCAUGUGGUGUACGUGGACCCAGCUCCUAACAGCCAUUUGAAUGCCUACAAGAACUUCUGCUCCUUCUGCUUCCCUGAGACACGGUUCAUGGCCGUCACCGCCUACCAGAACCACAGGAUCACUCAACUAAAAAUUGCAAGCAACCCAUUUGCUAAAGGCUUCAGGACUACAGACCUGCAGGGAUGGGAAAGUAACACAAGCCCCCUUGUAUUGUGCUGCCCACCAGAGGGCAGAGCUGAGCCAAUCACCAUCAAACCCAAGGAACAAGGAAGCUGCAGCUCAAAGACUUCUAUUAGACAUAAAAAUUCAGUUCCAGUGCUGGAGGAGGAGUGUGAACCAUUUCAUCAUGAGAAAGUCUCUGUGGGACUCACUGUGGACAGGAAAAAUGAGAGCAGUUUGACACCGACAGCUUCCUUCCUCCAUAUCCCUUCUUACUGGGACUGUGCUGGAUCAUCUCAUUAAAGAUUUUUCUUUGUUUCUUCGUUGGCGCCAUGGCAGGCUGCCUGUUACUGCAACUCCACUGGUUUGAGCUGCUGUAAUGUUCAAAUUUCCCCACUGUGGGAUCAAUAAAGUUCAUCUUAUCUUAUCUUAUCUUAUCUUAUCUUAUCUUAUCUUAUCUUAUCUUAUCUUAUCUUAUCUUAAUAAAUGCCAAAUGGUGGUUACAACAUUUGUGCAUUGUUUUUUUUUUGUUUCAUUUAGUAUAAAAUAAAAAUCAAAAGAACCAGCCUAUGACUUUGGCAACAUGUAAAUAAUCUUAACAGUUGUAAGAAAAAAACUGCAAUGCAUCAUUUUUUUUAACCUAGCUGUGCACAAUUUUAAAGUGAGAAUGCUCAAUUUACAACACUGAAAACUUCA